AGAAGCUGUGACUAUUUUGUUGCUGAUAUUGACUUUGCUGCUUCGUUGUAUUGCUGCUUCACACUUUUGCUGCUCAUCCUUUCAGGCCUCUAAAACAGUAUCCACAUCAUAAAUCGAGCAGCAACAUGGACCCCAAUGCCGCGGCUCAGCAGCUUCUACAAAAUCAGAAGUUUGUAGAACUCUUCCAGCGCGCGCUGGGCGAACCCGGAAAGGGCGACGGCAGCAGGGGUGGCGGUGCCGAAAGCUUUCUUGCCUCCAUGCCCAAGGAAGGUGACCCAAAGCGUGAGGCGUGGCUGCGAUCACUGCAGGCGCGUCUGCAAGCUGAAACGGCGAAUGAGGCAAAGAAAGAUCUGGAACAGGUGCACAGCGACGAAAACGGGCAGUGGAUGUUUGUUCUGCCGGAGCCGGGGUUUUGCUUCAAAACAAAUGUGGCGGGCGGCUCAAAGGUGUUCAUCAACGUGUGUCAACACGCACGAAUCGCGGAGCCGGUGCCGAUGGAGCCCGCGGCGGGCGAAGACGACAGCGAGGUGCGCUAUCGAAUCCCGAUUAGCUGCGGCCAGGCCAGACCGGACAAGGACAAGGGCGGGAAGCCCUGCAAGGUGUACGACGUUAUUGUGAACCCCACCACCAUCGCGCGCUGCGGCGAGGACAACGAAUUUCGCCGUUUUGUCGCCGCCCUCUGCAUGCAGUGGAUCAAGCAAAAGUCGGAGCCGACCCUCAACGCAGACGAGUUCCGCAACUUGAACUUUAAGUGCAAGGGCACGCUGGAGCCGCAGCGCAUUCGCCUCUCCGCCACCCCCAAAGACCCCAACGCGAUGGGCGAUGAAAUCAAGCUGCCGUCCAGCUCUGGUGGUGCCACCGCCCCGUCGCAGAUAAACGGGACCCGGGGCACUGGGAAGAUGGUGCAGGAAGUCGAGCAGCCAAACGCUGGCAAUCGUGCUGUCGACGAGCAGCAGACGAGUGGGCCCAGUGAUGGCCUCCCACAGAACAGCGUCACCGCCUCUCCCUCUUCUGCCGUUGCUGCUGUGAAGAGCGUUGUGGCGGACGGCGCCUACGACUGGACGACGCACAAAAAGGCCGCCCUGAACCCCUACUUCAAGGAGAGCGUACCGGCGCGCUACGUUGUGUCGCUUUUCCUGCCUGGCGUUCAGACGAUUGCCGAGGUGGACGUGCGCAUUCAUCGGCGUCAAAUUCAGUGCUUUUACAUUGACGAGGUCAUGGAGAACAAAGAAGGCGAGGGAGGCACCACCACAACACCGGCCUCGCCGUUUCUCACUGCCACGCUCGACUACCCGGUCUCUGACGAUGCACUGGAAGCGAAGUACAUACGCAAGACUCACAUGCUAAGACUACGCGUGGCCGUGUCGUUGCCGGACGAGACGCAGGCCGCCGUGACAAAGCCGGAGCGCGAUGUGACCGAGCUUGAGGACGAGGAGCGGCGGCGUGCGCAGGAGGCACGUGAGCGGCAGUGGGCGGCUGCCAAGGCCCAGAGGGAAAAACAAGAGAAGGACGAGGCCGCCGUCAUGGAGGAGCGGAAAAGCUACGUGGAGAACCUGUCAGCCGUGCAGGCCGGCGACAUUCCUCCAGUGGUGCGCGAGGAGGUCGACCAGAUGCCGCGCGAGCAGCUUCCUGCUAUGCUACACCGCCUCGAGGGUCGCCUGCGCAAAGGCGACUCGAUUGACGUGCUGCUGGACAAGCUGCCUGCGCCGAUGCUGGACGCUCUCAUCGACUACAUUCGCGAGAAACUGUCCCUUGAACCGCGGCCAAAGCCGGCGCCGAAGAACAGCGGGGAGGCCAGCACUAUUGACGCACCCGCGGCGUCAAAGGGGAGUGGGCCGGCGAAGUCUACUACUGCAGCUGCUCCUCCUCCACCGUCGUCGCAAGAGUUCAAUGCGACGAAGCAAUCCGAGACGCUAUUUGGCGUUGCGUUUCACAACCGGUAUCUCUUUGCCCUCGAUUAA